AGGGAGGGGUGGUGCUGAUGAACAGCUCCCACAGACCUCUGCUCUGUCACAGCAGCACAGCCAUGAGCCAGCCGAGCUCCCCGUCCUCCAGACCCGCACUCACAGUCCACCUGUUCCCCUAACACGCAUCACAACACCAUGAAGAGGCAAAAUGCCAGGACCCUCGCCCUCAUUAUCUGCACCUUCACCUAUCUGAUCGUCGGCGCCGCGAUCUUCGACGCGCUGGAAUCUCGAACGGAGACGACUCAGAGGUCGGAGCUUCACCAGAGGAAAGUGGGGCUGCUCAAGACGUUCAACUUGUCCACGGAGGACUUCGACGAACUGGAGAAGGUGGUACUGCAGCGGAAACCGCACAAAGCCGGAGUGCAGUGGAAAUUUGCCGGCUCCUUUUACUUCGCCAUCACUGUAAUCACGACCAUAGGAUAUGGCCAUGCAGCCCCCAGCACAGAUGGAGGAAAGGUGUUCUGUAUGCUCUAUGCCCUCCUAGGUAUCCCACUUACUUUGGUUAUGUUUCAGAGUGUGGGUGAGCGGAUCAACACUUUUGUUAGGUUCCUGCUCCAUCGCCUCAAGAAGUGCCUUGGAAUGAGGCACACUGAGGUCUCCAUGGCAAACAUGGUGAUCAUUGGUUUCAUAUCCUGCAUGAGCACACUAUGUGUGGGGGCCCUGGCCUUCUCCCAUUUUGAGGGAUGGAGCUUCUUCCAUGCCUACUACUACUGCUUCAUCACACUCACCACGAUCGGCUUUGGGGACUAUGUGGCGCUGCAGAAUAAGCAUGCUCUUCAAACCAAGCCGGAAUACGUGGCCUUCAGUUUCAUCUACAUCCUGACAGGUCUGGCUGUGAUUGGAGCGUUCCUAAACUUAGCAGUGCUGCGCUUCAUGACCAUGAACGCUGAGGACGAAAAGAGGGAUGCUGAGCACAGGGCUCUUCUCGCACGUAACGGUCUGGCAGGCGGACAUAUCAACUGCUCGGUAGACAUGGCCUCCUCCUCCUCCACCACCCCAUCUGGGUGUGGAGGAGGGAGUGCAGUUGGAGGGAGUGGGGGAGGAGCAGCAAGCCGGGGUCUGCAAAAUGUUUAUGCUGAGGUACUCCACUUUCAGUCCAUGUGCUCCUGUCUUUGGUACAAGAGUAAUGAGAAGCUAGAAUAUUCCAUACCCAUGAUCAUCCCUCAUGACCUCUCCACCUCAGACACAGAAGCUUUUUCUAACCCCUUCCAAUCUAAUGGUUGUGUAUGCAGUGAGCAGCACCACUCAGGCAUCAGCUCAGUGUCCACUGGCUUACACAGCUUCAGCACCUACAGAAGACUCAACAAACGCAGAAGCUCCAUCUAGAAACCAGGAGGACUUCAUGUUUUAAUGUCAAGUCCCACUUUUGUGUACCAAUAAAUGAGGGAGGGUGUUCCUUCUGUGGCCUGUGAUUGGCUGUGGACAUCAAGGCAACACACCUCCAGUCCUAAAGAGAUGCACUACUCAUGACAUUUGUUGUGUUCUGGCACUGAAGAACCUCGUGCUGCAGCCUCCCGGCUCCAGCCAUAUUUAAUUUCAAUUAGCUAAGCACAACCCAUUUAGCACCAAUAUUGUUGCUGAACUCUUUGAGAAACAAUGCUAAUGGUUGUCCAAGACGCAUUCCUUACACCAAAUCUGAAGCUGUCACUGUUCGAAGACAGGGGCAAACACACACUUCUCAUCACCUUUGAAUAUUGAAUAUUUUGAUAUUUAGCUCAGUAUUUUCUCUGUUCAUGAAACAUAAUUUUAUGUUCUAGGAUGAUAAGGGAUAAAAUACACUGUGAGAUAUGUUUUUAAGAACAAUAGAGGUGUAUUAACUGUGUGUAAUGCCCUGCUAGGAAAUAUUUUUCACUUUUUCAAAAUGGGAAUCUUUGGUUUUAAGUUCUGUUACUUCAGUGAAUUUAAAAUGUGUACAUAUUUGGGCAUUUAUCUGUUAUUGAUAGAUGGCAUAUUUUCCAUUGAGAGUUUUAAAAAGUAUCCUCAGUGUCUUUUUCUGUGUGUCUGUUCCUCCAGUUCAGAUUCCGAUCAAACCUUGUGAUCUGUGUAAUAUUCCUUCAUUCCAUGAGAAAACCUCACAUCCUAGGCAGAAUUACUGAACAUUUUUGGUUUAAAUGUCUUAUUGAAGAUUAGGACAUGUUGGACACUGUUAUAUGGAUCAAACCUCUAACAGUAUCUCUAACCACAAGGCCUCCCCGCCACUAAUUUCAGACUUCACUGCAAAUCACAAUGAAUUUCUUUUUCAUACUCUGUGCAUUAAAGUAUUUUACGCACAUGUUGCUUGUCAUUUGUUUUCAUAUUGCAUAAAUAUAUUUUAAUAGUUUAAAUCAGAACAUGUAAGCCCUAAAGUAGAAAAUCUUGCUGCACCUCAGAGGAUUGUUGUAAAUGCUUUCAGACACUGCAACAGUGCACUAUUUUUUUAAUCGAAUCGCAUUAUGUUUUAUUAUGUAAGUUAUGCAUCCUAAUUCAUUCUCUCUUGUGUUACCAAUCAGAAGUGUUUAUCUCGAUACACUGCAAAAUUGGAAAUAAUCACAGUGAUAAAUUGCCUGAGAGUUUGUGCCUCAUGCACUAAGAGGAUCUAUUCUCCAGCCCCAUCUAAACCACUUUAUGCAGUGGUUGUUUUUCAGCCCUGUGAUUUAUUGGCUUCUUUUAUUUGUGUAGUUUUACUUUAUAGUGUCUCGUUUCCAUCACAUUUUCUUUCUUUUUUUUUUUUUUGACUGGAAUGUUCUUACUGCAGUAUACUUGGUAACAUUGUUCAGCAUCUCUUAUUAACUAAUGAGUGGUGUACAGUUGAUUAUGUGUGUAACUGUACAUUUACAAGACGUUUUUUCUUUAACCAUAAUAAGAAAAAAUAUUUCAUUUACAAAAAUAGUCUCAUUUAUUUUAGUGUUAAUCAAUGUCAUGUAUUUAUUUUAAUUUGUCCUACAGUUUUAUGUCAUUUAGGUACAAGCAUUUUUUUUGCCACUAAUUGCACUAUGAAAAGAAAUGCACUACAAAAUGUUAUGAAGAAAAGUUUGCCAACUCGUGCAUAUGUAUGUAAAAUACAGAGUCUAAAAUAUAUUUGUAAAGCUCAGUUUUGCAAAUGUUUAAUGAGGAUGAAAAUGUAUUUAAAUCAC